GCUUAUGUUGGUCAAUGACUCCAUGUGGCUGUCAAGCUUCGUUUUUUUUAGUUAAGACGAAAUUCGGUCGUAGUAGCAAUUUUAAAUUUAAUUUACUAGCGAAAGUGGGUCCUUUAACCGCCACUACAUUUCAAAGCUUUUACUCAAUUCCACAUUUUAGAUGUCGAAAGAUUUAAGCCUCACAACCAAAGAUAAGACAACCAAAGGGAAAGGAUGCAGUAAUGAAAAUCAUCAAAGAUUGUCUGCAGGAGUUGAAGAUAAAGAAAUGGAUAACUUACGAAAAUGGUUCUCAGACAAACUUGCCCUGGGACUGGGAAACAAAGAUUUAAUGGAAAAACCAAAAGUACUCCAUACAUUGGACUUGGAUGGAAUAGUGGAUUAUAUUAAAAGUGGAAAUGUGAGAAACAUCAUUACAAUGGCAGGGGCAGGGAUUUCAACAUCUGCUGGUAUUCCUGACUUUCGUAGUCCUUCAAGUGGCCUUUAUAGCAAACUCUGUGGAUUUGACUUACCUUAUCCCGAGGCAAUAUUUGAAAUUGAGUAUUUUCGAAAACAUCCUGAACCUUUUUUUGCCAUGGCUAAAGAACUUUAUCCAAAGACAUUUGAACCUACUCCAUGCCAUUAUUUUCUUAGGUUAUUGAAUAAAAAAGGACUCUUAUUGAGACAUUACACUCAAAAUGUCGAUGCCCUGGAGCGAGUAGCUGGGAUUCCAGCGGAAAAGUUAGUUGAAGCUCAUGGAACACUCCAUACCUCACGUUGCAUCAAUCCAGAAUGCCGUGAAGAAUACGACCGCAAAUGGAUGACAGAAAAAGUUCUUGCGGAUGUAGUACCACGGUGUGAACAGUGUAAAGCUGUAGUUAAGCCAGACGCAGUUUUUUUCGGCGAACCGCUUCCAGAACGUUUUCGUUUGGUUGAAGAAGACUUUCCAAAUUGUGAUCUGCUAAUUAUUUUAGGAACUUCACUAGUUGUGCAGCCUUUUUCAUCUCUCGUUGAUCGGGUUCCGCCUAGAUGUCCGCGCCUCCUGAUUAAUCACGAGGAGGCGGGAAACGAAGACCCAGUUAUGGUUGUGCUUGGAUUUAGCUGCGGCUUGCAGUUUCAUGGGGCAGACAAUUUCCGUGACGUUGCUUGGCUUGGUGAUUGCGAUGAAGGAUGUUAUCUUUUUGCUGAGAAACUUGGCUGGAAGGAGGACCUGAAAUCAUUGAUUGAAAACGGAUGUCAAAGCGAAGCCAUUUCUACGGUAGAAACUGGUGCUGCUGGAAGUACCUAAUUUAUAAAAAGCAAAGUCCUCGAACAGAAUGACUUGUAAACGUCUCGUUGAAGUGCCGAAUUUAUCUGUGUAUUAUUGAAUAUGCUUAUGAAAAUCUCAAGCUCUUCAAACGAAUAGUUGAAAAUUCCAAUGCUUUACAAAGUUUUCAAACCCCAGAUAUCUGAAUAAAGAAAGUUAAGUGUUCUUAACAAUGAA